GUCACGUGACUUGUAUCCGCCCCUCUGCGACUGCGUCAUGAGGAGGCCGGGGAAUCGAGGGGGACUAGUCAGGUUGAGGUUAUAAAAUACACUUGUUGUUAUACUUUUCUCACGCCAGCAUAGAUAUCGUUUGACGUUCGAAACGCAACCAUGAAUCCUGAUAUCACGAGAGAACGGCAAAACGCCACCUUUGACGUCGAGAAACUGACUCACAUUUUGGACGGGGGGAAUGAAAAGACCAAGAGAAGGAGAGAAAUCGAGGCAAUGGUUUUCAGCGACCCAGACUUUAAGGAAGAGGACCCAAACUUCCUGUCCCGCAGUGAGCGGUAUGACCAGGCUGUUAAAAAAAGCGCCCAAAUGAUCCUGAAGCUCAGAGAGUAUGGCAUCGCAGACCCAGAGGAAAUCUACUGCUACAAGAAUAUGGUUCUUGGCCACCACCACGAGGCCAUGGGGCUGCACUUUGUCAUGUUCCUCCCGACCCUGUACAGCCAGUGUGACCCUCAGCAGGCCAGGAAGUGGUUACCUCUGGCAGAGUCCUUCAAGGCCGUGGGCACAUAUGCCCAAACGGAAAUGGGUCACGGCACACACCUAAGGGGGCUUGAGACUACAGCCACAUACGACCCAGCCACGCAGGAGUUUGUUUUGAACAGCCCCACAGUGAGCUCCAUCAAAUGGUGGCCAGGAGGACUUGGAAAGACCUCCAACCAUGCAAUAGUUCUAGCCCAGCUUUAUACACAGGGAAAUUGCCACGGCCUGCAUGCUUUUAUUGUGCCCAUUCGUGACUUGGAUACACACGUUCCCCUGCCAGGUAUUGUGGUUGGAGAUAUCGGCCCCAAGUUUGGCUUCAGUGAAGUUGACAACGGCUUCCUGAAAUUAGAGAAUGUGCGAAUCCCACGAGAGAACAUGCUGAUGAAAUUCGCCAAGGUGGAGGCAGAUGGAACCUAUCUGAAGCCACCGAGCGCCAAGCUGACAUAUGGCACCAUGGUGUUCAUCCGCUCCUUGAUAGUAGGGGAGUCAGCGCGAGCCCUCUCCAAAUCCUGCACCAUUGCCAUCCGCUACAGUUCUGUUCGACAUCAGUCUGAAAUCCGGCCGGGAGACCCAGAGCCUCAGAUCCUUGAUUACCAGACGCAGCAGUACAAGUUGCUGCCUUUGCUGGCCAUGGCCUACGCCUUCACUUUUGUUGGCCAGUACAUGAGACAGACCUACCACCGCAUCAGUGGAGACAUCACCGAGGGGGACUUCAGUGAGCUGCCCGAGCUCCAUGCCCUGUCUGCUGGUCUGAAGGCCUUCACUACUUGGGCGACAAACUCUGCCAUCGAGGUGUGCCGCAUGUCCUGUGGCGGCCACGGCUACUCCCGCAGCAGCGGCUUGCCGGAUAUUUACGUCGAGUUCACCCCUACGUGCACCUACGAAGGAGAGAACACCGUCAUGAUGCUGCAGACCGCGAGAUACCUUGUGAAGAGCUACCGGCAGGCGCAAGCAGGACAGCAGCUGAGCGGCAUUGUGUCGUAUCUGAAUGACCCAAAACAUCAGAGGGUCCAGCCUCAGCCCGUUGCUGGCAGACCCACUGUGGUGGACAUAAAUGACCUGGCUAGGCUGGUGGAGGUCUUCAAACAGCGAGCUGCCAUUCUAGUUGAGCUUGCAGCUAAGAGCAUCCAGCAAGAGUUGCAUCACGGCAAGAGCCAGGAGGAUGCCUGGAACAACAAUGCUAUUGACCUGGUCAGAGCCUCAGAUGCCCACUGUCACUAUGUUGUAGUGAAGCUUUUCACCGACAAGCUCGGGGAGGUCAGUGACACCGCGAUACACUCGGUGUUGUCAACCCUCGCUCUGCUGUAUGCUCUGCAUGGCAUCACAAAGAACUCUGGAGACUUCCUACAGGCUGGACUGCUGAAUGUGCCCCAAGUGCUGCAGAUUUCCAAUAGAAUCAAAGAGCUGCUGUCUCAGCUGAGGCCCAACGCUGUGGCUCUGGUCGAUGCCUUCGAUUUCCACGACAAGCGGCUGAAGUCGGUCCUCGGCCGAUAUGAUGGCAACGUCUAUGAGAACUUGUUUGAGUGGGCACGCCGCUCCCCGCUAAACUCCACAGAGGUCCAUGAAUCCUUCCACAAGUACCUGAAGCCCCUGCGGGCCAAACUGUGAGCUGAGCUGAGACACCUUGAUUCCUGGCUGAAACCCGUCAACACUGCAUACACAAGCAAAACCAUACCACAAAAACACCUAAUUUAAUUGAUGUUAUUUGCCUGUUUGCAGUAAUUAAGCCUUUUCUCUCUAUAUGUGGUAAGUGUCACUAUUCUCAGCCAGUCUAAACGCAAUCUAACACGUUGGAGCCGUCGACACCCAUCUCUUCACAGUGGGCUCUAAACAGGGUGGACAUAAUUUAUCUAAAGACAAUCUCAUAACUGAGGAGAAUAGAAGCAAAAAGGGGAAUGAAAAAUCUCUAGUGAAAUCAUUAUUUUGUCUAAAAGAAAGUAGCUUCAAGCUUGCUGGGGGAAAAAAAAAUCAAGUAUUUGCACUUUUUGAUCAUUGUUUGUAUAGAUGAAUUCCAUUCCAUUGAGGUUUUUUAAAAUAAAUUUCCCCCAUAUUUUCUUGACUUUCUGCUGCCUGCCUGAUGGAUCCUCGUUGUGCACAAGCCGAGAUGGAAAUGCUGUCUGGUUUUUCUAACAAGAACAUUACGUUACACAUAUUUGUGCUUUAUGUUCGGAACAAAGUAACAGCAACAUCCGAGAGUUGUUUCCCCUGACAACGAGACGACUGACAUUUUAUCGGAUUGGACACUGCAAUUCGUCAUCGUUAUUAAAGAGGCAGUCGUUUAUCCACAAACAUCUAACCUACAAAACAUCAGGUGAAGAUAUAAAAUGUCCCAUCUAAAAUACCUUGACAAACAUUUUGAAACCAUCAUUAGGUUACACCUCUUAAUUUAAACCAGCUGUUCUCUUGAGCAGUAAGAAUGUAAAAUGCCUUAAGUGUCACUGUAACAUUGAAUCAACCGUUCCUCACAGCCUUGAGUCAAUACAGCUGUUAAAGUGUAUGCUUUUCAGAAUCAAAUACUCUCCCUUUUAGGCUAACGGCUCCUGGGGUCAACUUAAAUACAGUCACAGCUGUGUAACGUUUAAAAUCAUCUGUGGUAAAACGAUUCGCCUUUGUGCUGAGCCCCAGCCCACCUCGUUUUGUAUAAUGAUAACAUCAUUGUCUAAUGAUCCACUUAACCAAUACCGGCGUGUACGUUGUAUACUGUAUUCACUGUACUUUGACCGAACUGGAGCUCCAUAGAAAGAGUGCCCAUCAAGACAUUAUUAUUUACCUAAUUUAAUUGAGAUGAAAUCAAUCACUUUGAGAUAAUUUAUUCUGUCAAGUGUUUCCUUUGGAAUGAAUGAUGACUUUUCCGUGUCCACAUGCUCCUGAAUGUGUUUGUGGACAGUAAAAUAUGUCAAAUGUCAAAGAGCACCCCCGGGGACAGCUUGUAUUAAUGUAUGACCAUUAUCAAGUGUUUAAGGCUACAUAGCCUUAUUAUAUGUGAAUUAGUAAUCUUGCUUCAUGCUGUGUGAGGUUCAUGAAGAUCAUAAACACAUUUCAAACAACUUUAUUUCAAUCAGUUAAUAUGCUUCAGUGUUUAAAUCCUGCAGAGCAAUUCUGCUUCAUAUAUGAUGAAUUAUCUGGAAACUUCAUUUUAAUUUGUAUGAUUCAUUGUUUAUUAAACUCUACUAACAGAUAAAACGGUUUCACACAAAGCCUGUACUAAAGUUUAAAACAAUUAGGAUUGAAAGAUGUGUGCUCUUGGUUAAUCUCAGUGAGCAAAAGUAUUUUUGUCACAUUGUAACUAAGUUCAACAAUCUCAAUGUGGGGAUGUUUUUAUUUUAUUUUUAUUUUUUUAUGGUCUUCAAUGAUGAGGAAAACUCUACUCCAUGUAAACUGUAGAGAUGAUUUGUGAGGCAUGUAGAAGUUAGUUUUAUUAAUUCAGUUGAUUGAGUGUACAAGGCAAUAGUUUCAUUUCUGCAUUUGUAUGAUCUGUCAAUAACAGCCAAAGGGCAUGGUUAAUGUAACUAAGCUCUUUAUUAACCAUAUUUGUGUGAUCAUGGUUUAUUGAAUAUUGAUGAUUUUAAACAAUAUGAUUCUAAAGGUUAGUGAAUACAUUUGACAUGCAAGUUAUAUUAAUAAAACACUAAACUCAG